GAAGCUGGCAUGGUGGUCAAACAUGGAAUCCUAACCUAGGCUAGGUUGCACAGAUUCACUGAGUGCAUGUCGCAUGCUGCCCUGUCUCUACAAAAUAAGAGAUAAAAUAUUUAUCUUUCGAUCUGGCAAUCGCAGCCCUGAUAGCCGUCAGCACAGGUCUAUGGUAUACACAUGAAAUUCACGCCUUCCUCCAAAUUCUUAGGCUUUUCAAAUCACUUCCACUCCCUUCUCGUACCCUCUUUCUCUCCGACCCCAAAGUUCUCAUCUUCCUUUUCCGCCACCAUGUCCACUCUUUCCACUCAGAACGACACCGUCACCCACAAAACGCAGCAACCUUUGCAGAUUGCAAAGCGCUUAGAGAAAUUUCAGACAACAAUCUUCACUCAAAUGAGCUUGCUUGCCAUCAAACAUGGGGCCAUAAACCUUGGUCAAGGCUUUCCCAACUUUGAUGGUCCAGAAUUUGUAAAGGAAGCAGCGAUUCAGGCAAUCAGGGAUGGGAAAAAUCAGUAUGCCCGGGGUUAUGGAGUUCCAGACCUGAACAUUGCCAUUGCUGAGAGAUUUAAGAAAGAUACUGGACUUGUGGUAGACCCUGAAAAGGAAAUUACUGUCACAUCUGGAUGCACAGAAGCAAUUGCUGCAACUAUGAUAGGAUUAAUAAAUCCUGGUGAUGAGGUUAUUAUGUUUGCUCCUUUUUAUGAUUCUUAUGAGGCCACUUUGUCCAUGGCUGGUGCAAAAGUAAAAGGCAUCACUUUGCGCCCUCCAGAUUUUGCUGUCCCUCUUGAAGAGUUGAAGUCCACCAUCUCGAAGAAUACCCGUGCCAUUCUUAUAAACACUCCUCACAACCCUACUGGAAAGAUGUUCACUCGUGAGGAGCUCAAUUGCAUUGCAUCUCUUUGCAUUGAGAAUGAUGUUCUGGUUUUCACUGAUGAAGUUUAUGACAAGUUGGCUUUUGAUAUGGAGCACAUAUCGAUGGCUUCUUUGCCUGGAAUGUUCGAAAGGACAGUGACAUUGAACUCCUUGGGGAAGACAUUCUCCUUAACAGGAUGGAAGAUUGGUUGGGCCAUAGCACCCCCACACUUAUCAUGGGGAGUGCGACAGGCACACGCUUUCCUCACUUUCGCAACUGCCCAUCCUUUUCAGUGUGCUGCUGCAGCGGCUCUGAGAGCACCAGACUCUUACUAUGUAGAGCUGAAGAGGGAUUAUAUGGCAAAGAGAGCUAUUUUGAUUGAAGGAUUGAAGGCUGUUGGCUUCAAGGUAUUCCCAUCCAGUGGAACCUACUUUGUGGUUGUAGAUCACACCCCUUUUGGACUGGAAAAUGAUGUUGCAUUUUGUGAAUAUCUAGUUAAGGAAGUGGGAGUGGUGGCAAUCCCUACCAGUGUGUUUUACUUGAAUCCAGAAGAGGGAAAGAAUCUAGUCAGAUUUACUUUCUGCAAGGAUGAGGAAACUAUUAGGUCUGCUGUUGAGAGGAUGAAAGCAAAGCUUAGAAAAUGAUCUCGAUGCAUUAUUAAGUCAUUAUAUGUAUUGGAUUGAAGACAUUUACCUUUGUAGAAGCUCAAAUGUAGGAUUCUAAUAACUUCUGGUUCAUUGAAUUGGAUGCCCUACACUCUUUAGUCACUACCUACUACUACUACUUAGCUGCCAUGAUAUUUGUACUUCCCUGGAAUGGAUCAUCUUCUGAAGGGUAUAUACAAUGACCAGAAAUCAUGUCUACCAGCUAGUAAGUGAUGCCAUUCAGAUUUGAUUUAACUUUUACAUUUAUGGGUUGUAUUUCAAUGAACCAUGAUCAUUAUCUUGCUGUCUUAUCCCCUUAUUGUUAAACCUCUUCUUCCUUUCGUUUGGAUGCAAAGAAUCAAUCAUGAAGCGGGACAUGACCUCUUUCUUAAUUAUUUCCUCUAAGAUUUGGAAUGUUAUGAAUCUCUAGGCGGGUAGACCUCCUAUGCACCCCUA